AUGGCCGACCAGAAGAUUGCUCAAGUCCAAGGACAGCUGCAGUCCGAGACUGUAGCCUUCCAGAAAAUAGAGAAUGGCAAGUCAGAACUUGACCUCGCAGGUAUCAUCGAAGCGAGACAGAGGCUGGACUCUCAGUUCUCAGAGAACGAGCUCGUCUUGAAAGAAUUCAACAUACUUAAACCCCACAACACCGUCUACAAACUGAUAGGCCCAGGGCUUGUGCCACAAGAUGCGUCAGAGGCCAAAGUGAAUGUGGAGAAGCGUCUGGAGUUUAUAAAGAGUGAAAUUCAAAGGGUAGAGUCACAACUCAAGGAGGCUGAGAGCAAAGCAGCGAGAAAGAAAGAAGAUAUCAUCCUGCUGCAACAGCAAUUCCAGGCAUUGCAAGCACCCAGCGGUGGUCCUCAAUAG